CGCUUUCCAAUCGGACGCCAUGCCCGCCUAGGUAUGCAGUAUUUAAUGUGGCAUAAUGCGUUCCUGCUACAAGUGGCGAGUGGGCAGAGAAGUAAGGCUGUCCCGGACGUGUAUCGUCGGUUGACAAAACCUGAAGUGCUUCUAAGCUUCGACGCACCAACUCGAGCGGAAUUGGCAUCAUCGAGAACUUGCCGCAGAUGGCGAGCGUUGAUUUACAUGUCAACGGCGCGGCAAUGGACGCCGACGAGCCAUCAUCACAGAACAUCUUUCCUGGCACCACGCUUCCGGAGAAGGCACCAUCAGCGAAGAACCGAUUGUCGAACCCGCAGAUUCCGCCACAGAUAUCAGCUGGCCCGUCAAUUGAUGGCAAAAAAACUACCGUAACACUCUACGAGCCAUCCUCUCUCGUAGAUGACCCUAUCAUACCGGCAAUGGUACCCAUGAUCAACGCAGCUUUCCGCGACCAGCACUUGCACUCUUCCAAAGCCGGCCGCAUCAUGCCUGCCAGCAUUGAUCGCCUGCCAAAGCACGAAGACUAUUUGAAGCAGGUCGGCAACGAUCAUGGCACGUUCGUCUUUAUACUUACGACGACUGAGACGGGCGUGCCUAUCGCUACAGUGGCCGCGCACCGUUAUAUCGCGCCUGUGUACGUUGCAGUUCAAAACAGCGGGCGACGCACCGCUUUCGACCGCAUGCGGAGGCCGGAGGGGAUGGAGGAUGCGGAGUUGUGGGAGGUUAAGUUGCUCGCCGUGGACGUUGCGUGGCAGAAACGAGGAUUAGCUAGUUACUUGAUGAAUAAUGUUGAGGCAGAGGUGCGGCGACGGUUUGUGGCUAGUCGAGCUGAAGCUGAAAAGAACGAUGAGGCGCAGUCGAAGAGGUUGUGUAUGGUGCUCACUACCGUCAAGGAGGCCAACCAUGACUUCUACCUUCGAAAGGGGUAUAAGCUCGACUACGAGACGAGACAUGAGAUAGGGUACCUGGGAAGUGAGACGGGCUUUCGAGUUGUGCAUAUGAGUAAAGUGAUGGUCGUCUGAUCCUAACCUCAGGCGAGCUACGUGGCGUGCUGCCUCUUCUGCGACUGCGCAGGUAAAAGAUAGAUCAUACAAUCCAGCGAGUGUCCUCUCCGCUUGCUGCGGCCGUACAAGCCUCAAACGCCACAGAUGCGACCUGCUCAAGACUUCAGCGCUCACUCACAUACCCCGCCGCCCUUCCUCUUUCCCUGUACGUUAUCAUACGCAAGACGAAACCACUAUCCCGCUUCCACGCUCAUCGAAUCGCACCAGCCAGCAGCUGCAUGGCUAGACCGCACUCCCUCGCCGCCGCAGCCUGCCUCGCCCCAUUCGCAUGUUGAAUCUCCGCCAGGUCAGCAUUCGCCUUGUCCACAUUGUAGUGCAUCCGCUGCCCAUGUCCGUGAAGAUGGUCCUUCUUACACUGGCACUUCCUCAGUUCGAGAAACCGUAAG